AUGCCAUGUGCUGUGAGAUGUACAAGACUCUACCUCUGUCCUAGACAAGAAAAUAAGACCGGGAAACAGUAUUGCAGUAGGAAACAAGUGAUUAGUAGCACUGCAGUGUUACCCACUAAAGGUUAUUGCUUGAAGAUCAGUCAGAAAGAGAAAUUCGACAUCAUCUGUGACAGUCAGACAGUGGAACGAAAAAUGCCAGUGAAGUCACCAACAACAGAAACAAUGGCGUGGUCUGAAAAUAUGGACACACUUUUAACCAAUCAAGCUGGUCUAGAUGCUUUUCGAACAUUUCUAAAAUCAGAGUUUAGUGAAGAAAAUGUUGAGUUCUGGCUUGCCUGUGAAGACUUCAAAAAAACAGAAAGUGCAGAAAAGAUGGCUUCUAAAGCCAAGAUGAUUUAUUCUGAAUUCAUUGAAGCUGAUGCCCCUAAAGAGAUCAACAUUGACUUCAGUACCAGGGACCUCAUCUCAAAGAAUAUUGCAGAACCAACUCUCAAAUGUUUUGAUGAGGCUCAGAAGUUAAUCUAUAGUCUUAUGGCCAAGGAUUCUUUUCCUCGAUUUCUAAAGUCAGAGAUUUAUAAGAAACUGGUAAAUGGCAAGCAAGUUGGAAAUCAUAAAAAAUGGUUUCCUUUUUUGUAA